GAGGUGAUGGAGAAAGUUUUGGAGUAAUGAUCUGUACACCGGACACACAGACGUGAGUGAAACAGUUUCUUUUGAUUUGCUGGUCGUGGCAGAUUACCUUAUGAUAACAAGCUUGAAAGAUCUGUGUGCACAAGUUAUUUUACGUGGAAUGUCUCUUUCCAACUGCAUUCCAGCUUACUUCUUGAGCGUGAAGUACCAGUGUGAAGAGCUCAAGAAAGGUGCAAGGGUUUUCAUUCUAGAAAACUUCGUCACCGUAGCGAAAACGGAAGACUUUCUGAGUUUGAGCAAAGAGCAAUUCUUGGGGUGGAUCUCCAGUGACGAAAUAAAUGUACGUGGAGAGGAAGAAGUGUUUAUAAUCUUGAGAAAUUGGAUCGCAGCAAACAAAAGUCAAGAGCAAAACUUUUACGAAUUGUUUCGUCACAUUCGAUUUAUGUACUUGCCGCGUGACUUCUUUCUGGAAGCUCUUGUACCUGAUCCUAUGGUAAAGAACAAUCUUGAUUGUUCAAAUUUCGCUUUAAAUGCUAUGAGAAUGAUGUUUCGUGGAGAACUAGAAUCUUUUUUCGCUCAGGCACCAAGGAAUUGUCUGAAAACACAUGAAGAUGCUAUUGUGGCUUGUGGAGCUAGAAGAACCGUAUGCUACAUUCCCUUAACAAAGAAAUGGUACAGACUGGCCAAUACACUGACCUUACGAAAUUUAUAUGGUCAAAAUGUUAGUUAUUGCCAGGGAAAGCUGUUUUUCAUUGGAGGCAACAGUGGUGGCUUUCCAGCAGAGUUUUAUGAUCCAUCCCAGAACAAGUGGUGUUCACUGAAAUCGUUCAAGAAGAGAAUCAAGUUUUGUACUGUCUCAACUUGCCGAGGGUUUCUCUAUGUGAUUGGUGGAGUUGAUGAAGAUGAAAAUCUCUUGAGCUCUGUACAAAGGUAUGACCCAGAUAAAGAUUUAUGGCAAGAAAUGCCUUCACUAAGCUUCCCAAGAUCAAGUGUCUGUGCUGUGUCUGAUGGAAGUUUCUUGUAUGCAGUUGGAGGCAAUACAAUACAUGGAUUUGUGGCUAUUGCUGAAAGAUUUGAUCCAAAAGAAAAAACAUGGGCUAGAAUUUCUCCAACUCUGGAAAAAAGAGGAGGUGCUGUUGGUGCAGCUGUCAGUGAGAAAGUGUUUGUAUUUGGCGGUCUUAAGUGGUCAGGUGUGUCGGUUUCAACCUUUGCUGAAAUGUAUGACCCUGUUGUUGACAAGUGGAGUAGCAUUCCAAGUCCUGCAUUCCUUGCUUUACGAUUGCGGUGGCUAAGUGCAAUUAGUUUCAAAGGGACAAUAUUUGUGUCUGGUGAAUGUGCAGAUGAUACACAAGGAACUAUCUUGAAAUUACACAUUUAUGAUUCUAUCACAAAGCAGUGGGUAUAUUGUUGCAGAUUUCCUGAUAUUGUUGAUAACUUCCGCAUUUCUUGUCUGAGAAUACCAAGAGAGAUUUUGAAUUCAUGCGAGGUCGCUUCAGAGACGUAAAAUUUUCAGUUACUAGAAGCAGUAAAACUGAUGUGGAGGGGGGGAGGGUGAUGUAUUCUGUUUAUUAAGUUUAAUGACAGAACCCUCUGCUAGAGAUAAAUAGUUUUGGCAAAGAAAUGCUUUCUACAUUCGUAAUCUCUCCCUGUGUUUGCAAGUGUUUGGUUGCCAUUGUUGGUUUAUAUUACACCAGGGUAUUGAGGAAAAAGUAGACAGAGGUUUUCUUUAAAACUCAGACCAGAUAGGUCUUGAUCUGGUAAAAUUGACACAAGUGGCAUAAAUUCUUUGAAAGUCCUAGAAUCUCUUGUGAGUUCUAAUGGCACGUGUCAUAAACUUCAAGACUUGUAUUGAUUCGCCAAUUGAUUUCUUUAAUUGAUUUGUCCUUAUAUAACAAAAUUGACCUCGUAUUGUAAACCUAUUUCUUCAUCUUUGCUUUGAAAAAGGACUGACCAAAGUCUUAUGUACAUGCGAUUAUUGCAGUCAAUGUUCACAUGUCCAUCAGUCAACUAAAACUGUACAAAGAAAACAAGUAUCUGGUUUCAAAAGAUUACAAAAUUGUACUGGUGUGGGAAAUCUCCAUGGUUGCGACAGCGCACCUAAAUCUAGUAUGCAUCUGCAUGUGCAAUAAGAAAUCUGAAGAGGUAUAGUAAUUAUAAAUGCUUUCAAACCUGGGUGCAGUUGUUAAGAUAGCUUUUGCUGAUGCAGCAUUAACAUGUUUAAUUGGGUUCAAGUUAAAGCUCAUGUCUUUAGUGGCUUCAUCUUCUUGCAAAGGAAAAUUAGGAAAGUAAAAACAGUAAACCUCAAUAGAGAACAAGCUCCAUUGCUGCUCAACAAACAUGUUCUGUUUUGUCAUUUAAGUUGAUUUUUUUCUCAAAAGUUCAGUAAAAAUAGCAAUUGUGACAAAUUUUUUUAAUAACCCAAUUUUAUCAUCACCAAGCUAUUUUAGUUGCAUUUAGGCUUAGUUCAUUACAUAGUAAGAAGUAUGUUAAAGGUUAGUCCCAUUUAAUAAUAAAACAUCAUUGUGUGA